UUGAAAAAGAAAACAAAAUAGCUUCAAAAAGCCCAUUAAAGGCCCAAUUUUGGUUUUUAGAAAUCAUCCGGGGAUUUCGAAUUUUUUGGUUAAUCGUAGAUUUCAACUUCCUUAAUUCGAGAAAUUGGCGAAGAAGGAUCAUACAGCUGAGAGCUGACAAUGGCAGUGUCGACGUUUUCGAGCCCAGCAUAUAUCUCCGGCAUCGCUGAACCACCAGCAUCAUUCUUCUCCGUCGCAAUUGGCUGGAAGCAACCAUUGAAAAUUCGGAGGACGAAGAAGCCUCGGUUAAUCUCUUGCGAUUAUUCUUGCAUCGAGGUUAGGGAUGUCUGCUACCGUCCUCCUGGAACAGAGUUGAAUAUUUUGAACGGAGUUAAUUUUUCUCUGCGCGAGAAAAGCUUUGGCUUGAUUUUUGGGAAGAGUGGGAGCGGUAAAACUACCCUUUUGCAGCUUCUUGCUGGACUAAACAAACCAACAUCAGGCUCCAUUUGUAUCCAAAGAUAUGGGGAUGAUGGCCAGCCAAAGGCGGAUUCCGAGUUGCUGCCCACUGAAAAGGUGGGCAUUGUUUUCCAGUUUCCUGAGAGAUUCUUUGUAGCAGAUAAUGUGCUUGAUGAAAUUACUUUUGGUUGGCCAAGGCAAAAAGGUAGUUUGCAGUUGAAGGAACAUCUGACUUCGAAUCUCCAGAGAGCAUUUAAUUGGGUUGGAUUAGACAGCAUCCCACUUGAUAAAGAUCCCCAGUUACUAAGUGGAGGCUACAAGCGUCGGCUUGCACUAGCUAUUCAGUUGGUCCAAACUCCAGAUUUAUUGAUACUAGAUGAGCCCCUCGCUGGUCUUGAUUGGAAAGCACGUGCAGAUGUUGCAAAGCUCUUGAAGCACCUUAAGAAGGAACUGACUUUACUUGUUGUAAGUCAUGACCUAAGAGAGUUAGCAGCCUUGGUCGACCAGUCAUGGAGAAUGGAAACAGGUGGUGUUCUUCUUGCAGAACUUCCACCACUUUAGUUCAAUGGUCACUAUUGUGGAAGCUCUAUACCAGCUCCAACACAAAGUCUGCAAAGCAAUUAUGGAUUAUAUUAGCUGCUUCGGCUACAACCAGAACACUUGUGCAUGCCUAAAUGUUAAUGUAUCAAAAAAUUGUUUUUCGAAUAGCUAUCCUACAUGUGUGUGGAAACAUAGAAUCAUAUUCUUCCUUUCAGUUAGAUGAGAUAAUGCAAACAAUUCUACA